AUGGCUGACCUCGGGUUGAAGAGCAGGCAGCGCAGCGACUAUCGCUUCUUCCUCUCUUACCGCACACGCUGGAUUGACAACGAUCAGUAUGCUCACAUCAACAACUCCGUCUACUAUCACCUCUUCGAUUCCGUCGUCAACACAUAUCUCAUCCAACAUGCCCACCUCUCCCCCUCCUCCUCUCCUCUCAUCGGCCUCGUCGUCUCCUCUUACGCCCACUUCUUCUCUCCCCUCUCCUUUCCUGCAGUCCUCGACCUGGGCCUCAGGGUCACCAAAAUCGGCUCCAGCUCCGUCUCUUACGAGAUCGCCGUCUUCGAAGAGGGAAGCAGCGUCCCUAGCGUCGUCGGCGGCUACACCCACGUCUUCGUCGACCGAGACUCUCGAAAGAGUCGCCGAAUGGCCCCAGAGACAAGAGUAGGCCUAGAGAGACUCUUCAUCACUACGGCCGUUCCCAAGCUCUAG